AUGCAGUCUAAACUCUUGGCCGCAAUUAUCGGUGCCACUGCUUCUACGGCUGUUUUGGCCCAACAAUUCCAGAACCAACGAUUCACCUUCUUUGAACCCGGCAUUGGCGCAUGUGGUGCGACCAGUGGUCCCAAAGACUUGGUCGCAGCGCUGAAUCGCGAUCAAUGGGCCAAGGGAGCACAUUGCUUCCAGAAUAUCACUAUCACGGCUCUGGGGCAGACGGUCACGGCGGAGAUCGUAGACGAGGUCGGUACAGCAACCAUCGUCACUCGCUGA